UCGGCGCGGAGGCCGGCCGGUGCCGCCGCCGCCGGCCUCCGCCAUGCUGUGGCGGGCUCGGCCGGGUCUGCUGUGCGCCGUCCUGGCCAGGCCGGCCCUGUGGCAGAGUACUGAGCAGCGGCUGAGUCUGGUGGCGGCUGCAGCCACCAGCGACACGGACCUCAGCCUGUUGGCCGGCUCCCUGGGCGGCCAGCUCGACGGCAUCGUCCACUGCUACGGCAUCCUCCUGCGCACAGUUCGCACCUCGAGUGUGCUGCUGCUGCUGGGCGUCGGGACCCUGGUCUGCUGCCGGCUGUACGCCCGGUACACGGGCGGCGGCGGCGGCGGCGGCGGCGGUGACGGCGACAGCGGCUGGCGCCGGCUGCUGCGCACUCUGCUCGGCACCGACUGGACCACGCCACCGACCAUCAUCGAGGACGAGGACGACCUCACGCCCGACGACGAUAUCCAGCCUCCGGCUCCUUCUGUGACCGAUGUCACUCAGGAGACAGAGCAGGUGUCCGCCCCGGCGCAGGUCAAACGGGUGCACUAUUUCGGCCCCAGCGAGUACUACGGCCCGCCGCUGGCCCCGUCCGCCCGUCUGACGAGGAGUGCGCGUUCGGCCGGCACCAGGGGCGGCGCAGGGGACCGUUCGGACGGCGCCGAGAGCGGCUGCAGUACCGACCUGUCGGCCAGUGCCAGCGCUGACUCGCUCCAGUACCUGGGAGACCACAGCGCCUCCUACAGCGUCGGUGACCAGUUUGCCUCGGACGAUGAAGCCGAGUGUUCGAGCCUAGAGCCGGACAUGGGUAACAAGACCAGCAAGAAUUUCGAGCCGGUCUUCUACAACAAGGAUGCGGGCGUCAUCUUCAACCGUCUGCAGGCGGACCAGCUGGUCAGCAGCAGCGGUAGCUCGUCCACCGGCUCGCCGCAGGCCGCCGCCGCCGCCGCCAGGCGCGCGCAGGAGCGGACGGAGACGCCGCAGCGGGCGCCGCCGCUGAAGCAGGUGCGCCGCCGGGUGAUCGUGCCGCACGUCUCCGCCGGCGGCCCUACCCCCACCUCCGGCCGGCCGCGCGCGGCCACCUCAGCCGACAGCGGUCAGUCGGGCUCCUCCACCUCCCCGCGGGCGCGCAGCCUACCGCCGGCCUCCCCGGCGUCAGCGGCACGGCGCCAGCUGCUCCGCCGACAGCUGCGGGACGCCUCACAGCAGGGCGGCUCGGUGGACCUGAGCGUCAGCGAACUCUGCCGCAUGUGCCGCGAUGGGUCGUUUGACUCGAGUGCCUCAGACCUGAGCCUGGACCUGGCCUGGGCGGACGGGCUCGGCUCGAGCACGGUGGACUUCCUGGACCAGUUGGAGAGUCAGUUGGACGUGCUGAAGCUGGACAUGUCGACGAUGGACAGUAACCUGGUGACGCUGCACUUUCCGCACCAGGAGGAGCGCGCCGGCCGCCGGCAGCUGGGUAAAUCCGCCUCCGAGCACCGGCUCCGGUCGGACGCGUCCCUGGGCGGACUGGGCGCGGGCCCGGCGGCGGCGGCGGCCGGGGCGGCGGCCGAGUGGUCGCUGGACUCGCCGCCGGUCACGGACGGCUCGCUGGAGUGGGACUCCCCGGUGCACGGGUGGAGCGCGGUGCCGCGCGCGGCGCGCCCGCCGGCCGACGGCGCCAGCUCGGCCGGCCGGCCCUCCCUCAGCCGGAGCCAGUCGGCCUCGUCCAGCCUGCGGCGGUCGCCCAGCCUGGAGCUGCGCGCCGAGGACAUGCCGAGUCUGGAGUGGGACAACUCGGGCAUCACCGAGUACCCCGAGACCUGGCAGGAGGACGCCGACGCCGGCGACAGCCGGCCGCUGGGAGACGAGCUCGCCCUCGAACUCGACCUGGAGCUGGAGCUGGGCUCGCGCGGCAGCCGAGACUCGGCCAGUCUGCGCAGUCUGGACCCGCGCACCGCCUCUGACGAGCGGGAGGGCAGUGCCGAGAGCUCGGCCACCACGGUUCAGGAGAGCCGCGCCUCCUCGGCCAGUCGACAGGGCAGCCUCACGCUGGCGCUGAGCCGGGAGCACUCGCCUCUGGUGGACCCGCUCACCGAGUCUGGUUACGAGGGCAUGGACAGCUCUGCCGUGCUCACCCGUACCCCGCUCUCACCCGUGGCCGAGACACACGCGGAGUCGGGCGCCCUCAGUUCGGACUCUGCCGUCUCCGGGUCCACGGACCGCCUGAACGGCAACCCCACCUCGGGUACCACCACCUCCGGCGAGCAGCAGCGGCGCGCCAACCGCGACUCGGCCUACUGGGACGACGGCCUGGACACGCUGGCGGCGCGCGCUGCCCUGGAAACGGUCGGCGAGUCGAUGGACCUGGUGCAGUACGGCCAGCAGGAGUGGAGGGGCACCACGCCGCGAGCCACCACCAUGCGGCAGGGUUACGAGGAGAUGGCCAGUCGGUACGGCCUGACGCACCUCCAGCGGGUACGCGGCGACAACUACUGCGCCGUGCGCGCUGCCCUCUACCAGCUGCUCGCCAAAGGUCUGCCGCCACCCAACGCCAACAGGUGCCGCCACCUGCUGGACUCGGCCGGCGACUGGGUGACCGCCUGGAGCUUCGGUUCGCGGCUGCCGUAUGACGUCAGCACGGCCCGGGCUGGCAUCCACGACUGCCUGAGCACACUCAGUCAGCUGGGUGAGGAGCUGCGGAGCUGCGCGGCGCCGGGCCGACAGCUGAGGCAGCGCUGGAACGCCGACCCCGACCUCGACCUGCGCUGUAUGGAGGCGGUCAAACUGCACAUGCUGGCCGAGGCCGUACAGCUGGAGCGGGACCAGGCGCGCACAGACCGGACGGUACCGCUGUUCGCGAUGCUGCUGUUCGCCCGGGACACGUCUUCCACGCCCCGGGAGCUCAUGGUGAACCAUCUGAACCACGUGGGCGACUCGGGCGGACUGGAGCAGAUCGAGAUGUUCCUGUUGGGCCACGCGCUGGAGGCGACGCUGCGAGUGAUCCGGCCGGGCGCGCACGGCCAGGAGGACUUUGUCACCUUCUACCCGGACGACGCGCCGCCCGAGCGGCCCGUGCUGACCCUGGUGGCCGAGGACGACCGGCACUACAAUGUGGCCAGCUGAGGCCGGCCCCCAGCGGCGGCCGCCGUCGGACGGGCGGGGAGGGGAGGGAGGGGGCGUCCCAUUGUGAUCCCGAGCAAUCCUGCAGUCGGCGCGAGCGGCGGGGUGGGUAGACACGCCGGCGGCGGCGGCCGGCCGGCCGGCCUAGGUACCUGACAAUAUUUGAUGCUUCCUUUCGUUGGGCGGCAGUCGGCCUCUGCGUCCAGUGCCUGUUGGCGCCAUGUUGGCGCGCGUUUGCACAGUUUAUUUUGAGGCGUUUAAACUUGUGUCAAAUGCGUUGGAGCGUCGGCUCGCUCGGUCUUGGGCUUGGCUGCGUUUUAUUAUCGAGCGGUGGUUGACAGUGUAGUUGCUCGUAUAACUUAUAGACGAAGUUUUAUUGAGUAACCGCCUGCACCUUACUGCCCGGACUGUAUUUGUGAGGCUGUCUUGUUGUAGAUUGUUACUGUACAUUGUAUAUGUAGACCAUUUGACGGGUUGAAGGAAUAGAUGCGUCUGUUUUCA